GCACAAAACAUGCACAACCUUUAGAUUGCUAAGCACGAGCAUGAACAAUCGACAUGAAUAAUACCUCAACCCUUGAAUUAAACACUACCCAAUGACAAUCAUUCAAUCUAAACAAGUAAUUACAAAGUAUUACUUAGGGAUCUACAACACCCAAGAGAAAGAGUGAGUUUCUAGAGAGAGAAAGAGAGAGAGGGAUUACAAAUUUGAGCUCAAGAUCUUCUUCUUCUUCUAGGAUUGAAUCUUCCACCGAAGCCUCCAAUGAUGCUCCAAGAUCACUCUAGCUCUCUCUCUCUCUCUCUCUCACACACACACACACACACACACUAGAACUCCCCUUUGGUGUUUAGGUCGAAACCCUAGAGAAAGAAAGUGUUUCUUCUCCAAAACCAGCUCUCCUUUCUCUCUCCCCGCUACUGUCUUCAUAUUUGCCCGAAAGCGAUCAGUUCACGGACGUGUUGGCUAGAUCACGGUCGUGAACACCUAAACGCGUGCGUGAACUCAAUGUCGUCCCUAAACGCGCCGCUUCACUCUGGUGGGUUCACGGUCAAUGGCCCCAGUUCACGGUCUUAGAGACCGUGAACUGCCUUGUCGUUAGUAACUUCUGGAACCUCGUCGGAUUGCUCAAUGUUCACGGUUUGUGGUCCAUGUUCACGGUCUUAGGAGACCGUGAACUGCCUUGUCCGACCAUGAACUGUGGCUGUUUCCUGGGACACCUUCACUUCCCUACUACGAGGCAAUUGUCAUGGUCUUCGGACUUUUCUUCGGUUUUUGUGCUUUUUGACCUCCAAAUAUCCCAAAACUCGUCCUCGACCCUUCCACACGUGCUAGGACCUGAAAUGUAUCAAAACACGCACAACCUAGCGUGAAAUAUUGACUCGACUCUACUGUCACUCCAGGAAUUGGCCAAGUGAAACCACUUCCUAAAGCGUAGUAUAGCGGGUUUGGGUUUAAUUAUCAACCCGGGUCCUAGAUAUGAUGACUACUGAGUGAAUUCGUGUUAUCUAGCAAUGAAACUGGAAUGCAAGUCUAAACUAUCAAACUAACAAAGCAGGUAAACGGUUGUAUUCAGGUUAAGAGAGGUCACCCGGAUAUGGUUCCCCCUAGACUGCAGUUAAGCCGGAUUGUAAUUACCAAGUUCAGUUUCUAUGAAAGUUAUACUGCGGAAGGUUCUUAAACAGCCUGAAGUCUCGACUAAAGGUCUUCAGACCCUCUCAAUCUGAAUCUCUAGCGGGCGACUAACCUCCACCGGAGUAGACAGAUUGAGGCCCUAAGAACGAAACCUCCACUACCGGAGUAAAUCCGGUACAGAAUAGUGAGUUGGUUCCUCGACUAAAGUCACCAACUCCCUACCUUCAAUCAAGGAUACUCUAUUAACCUAGGCAGAUAUUCUCAUUCUAGGUUAAAGCAGAAACAACAGGAAUUUGAUCAGGAUUCAAGUCGUUCAAUCAUUAAAACCUCAAUCGAAUAUAAUCAAUCAUAGAAGCAGUACUUGGGUUCAUACAAUCAAAGCCUAACAUACAAAUCUAGGGUUCUCCAUACCCAGAUGAAUGGGAGAACUACUCCAUGGAGAAGAAAGCAAAAGCAGAAUCAGACACGGAAUUCAUACUGCGAAGGAUGGAUUCCUGCUUCUGGACGUUGAUUGGCACUUCUCCAAGCUCAAGCUAGCCUCCAAUGGUGUUGAAGAUCAAUCUAGGGCACUUGGGAACUCUUGCUCGUCACUUUCUCUCUCUAGAAAUCGCUCUCUUUCUCCAAAACCCGAAUCCCCCCGAAUUGUGGCUGAAAUUCUGCUUAAAAGGAGAAAAUCCCGACUCACACGGCCAGGGUGGCACGGCCGUGCAGCUCAACCAGUUGCCCGUGUGAGUCAAAACGCAGCGUAUCAUUUAGUCGAAUUUCAGGCUCUUUGCACGGCCAGAAUGGCACGGCCGUGUGAACUUCCCUUCCUGCCCGUGUUUGCUCUCGCAGAAUGUGGCACGGCCAACCCGGCCACUUGCACGGCCGUGUGGGUCUUCUGCUCUGCCCGUGUCUGCUCUCGCAAAAUCCCGCACGGCCAAACCACUCCUUCACACGGCCGUGUGUACAUCAGGGCAGCCCGUGUGACCUCCUUUGUGACUUGUCUCGCGCCCGAUCUUCACCCAAUCGACCCCGAACUCGCUCCUAAAUUCGCUUGCCAGGACCUGAAAUAUCACAAACGAGCACAACCUAGCGUGAAAUCGGUCUAAAACACGAGAAACCACAUCUCCAACAGUGUAAGAACAGGGGUGAAAACAUGUGUAACUAACGGUCUAUCAAACUCCCCCACACUUAACCGUUUGCUUGUCCUCAAUCAAACCAAGUCAGACACAAGGUAAGCUCAAAACAACAAGGCAUGACAUAUCGGCACAAAACACAUGGAUCAUACUGGCUUUCGAUCAAUAACACAUGGACAACUUCAAUGACAACCUAGACAACCACCACUGAUGACAUUCGAAUGCAGCAAAAAUCGAGCAAAGGAAGAGUUUCCCUUCUAUUCACCAACCAACAUAGACUUAACUCAACCACUUGUUCAAAACAGUCACAUCAUGCACAAAAUUCAAGGUAUCAGAAGUAAGACCGAGCAAUCAAGGUCCUCACCGGGAUAGAGAGUAUAAAGAAUAAGAGAAAAU